UUCAAAGGCUCAAUUCCUUCUGAGCCUCAAUCCCAGACACACCAAAAUUUCCAAAGCCUAAAACAUAAAAUUUUUAAGUUUUGCCUAAAAACCAAAAUUUUAAAAUUUACUAAGCCUAAAACACACACACUUUGGAAACAUGUUGUCAAAAUUGUGCAGAACAGUUUCUUCAAUUAAUUUUGGAACAGCGAGGUGUUUGUAUCAGCCACGACUAUUGGAGAAAUAUUACGAUAUCAUCGUUAGAGCAGGCUGCUCAGACUCAAAAUCUGGGUCAAAAUCGGGAUCAAAAUCAAAACCCAUAUGCCUUAAAGGGAAGAACGUGAUCUUCGUGGCUGGUCUGGGAGACAUCGGCCUGGACACCAGCAAGGAGCUGCUCACGCGCGAGCUGAAGAACCUGGUGAUCCUGGACGUCCGGGAAAACACGGAAGGCUUGUGUGCGCUGAAAGAAAUCUGUCCCGAGACGAAAGUCACCUUCAUUAAAUACGAUGUGACCGUGCCCCUCGACGAGAGCAAGAAGGUGUUGAAGAAAAUCUUCGACAAGCUGAAGACCGUGGACAUUCUGAUCAACGGAGCUGGCAUCCUGGAUGACCACAAGAUCGAAGCCACCAUCGCCGUCAACUACACUGGUCUGGUGAACACCACCACCGCCAUCAUGGAGUUCUGGGAUAAGCGGUGUGGCGGACCAGGCGGCAUCAUCUGCAAUAUUGGCUCCGUGACUGGCUUCAAUGCCAUCUACCAGGUGCCCGUGUACUCUGGCUCCAAGGCUGCCGUUGUCAACUUCACCAGCUCCCUGGCCAAACUAGCUGGCAUCACCGGAGUGACCGCCUACUCCGUGAAUCCCGGCAUCACACGCACCACCCUGGUGCAAAAGUUCAACUCCUGGCUGGAUGUCGAGCCAGAUGUGGCCGAGCUGCUGCUGGAGCACCCCACCCAGUCCACCAAGGAAUGCGCCGAGAACUUCGUUAAGGCCAUUGAGAAGAACAAGAACGGUGGUCUCUGGUUUCUCGACCAGGGCACCCUGGAGGACAUCAAGUGGAAGAAGUACUGGGACUCCUGCAUCUAAGAUGUUUCAUGACGAGAUUAUUAGUUUUUACUCUAUAUAGACGUAUGGUAAUAAGGCUGAUUGUGCUUUAUUGAAAAUAAAAUAAAAAAUCAAAUGUCAAAGUCUCAAAGAUAA